UGUAACAUGCCGUGACAGCAUUGCUUCUUGGGACACUGUUGCUACAUCAGAGCACACUGAAGGGUAACUGUGAAUACCCAAUGAUUUGCUCAGAAUUUAGACCACAUAGAGAUUUUAUUUCCUUACCGCGAUAAUAAUCAGAGAGAUAUGGCUUUACCUUACGUAAACAUCAUCACCUCCGUGCUGCUCGUAUUGUUAUUCACAUCAGCACACAGUACGUCGAACAGAAUUUCAAGUGUUCAAGAAAAGUUGGAAAGCUUCGACAACUCUCAGCAGAAAAUCAUAAGUACGCUGUUUAACUUGACGGAGAAUCAACACGUGCAGAACGACCACAAUUUCAUCUUUCCGCCACUGUUCUGGAAAAAGAAAAAAGGAGUGUACGAAAGUGAUGUCAAACUCAACUUCCAUGGCGACCCAACACUGGCAGCGAUGAGAGAUAGCUUCAAAGUGUUCGAUAACAACAUGUUUGCCACAGCAUGGAUUACUUCUUGUUUGAUCGAAGCCUACGAAUACGGCGAAGCCCCAAAACCCUCUGAUGCAUUGAUUUCUAUAUCGCUUGAAGCACUUGGCGAUUUUCAUGACAGAAAUUCACCCCAGCAACCAAAUGCCAUCAUGACGUUUUGGCCGGAGGCCUACAAUGCUUCGUCGUCGUCAUGGGAGAGUACUCCGGAUAAUCUGUUGGCACUUUUUAAGAUGGCCGAUUAUUUGCCGUGGAGCAUUCUGGAGAAGAUUCUGACCUUCCUCGGUUUCUCAGAAGAAGCAAAAUACAUUAAAGAGCUCUUGGAUUCCAGGGCAGCUUACCUCAAGGCCUUUCAGAUCACUCCAGAUUUUGACGACACCUUUGUUAACCUUGGACUAGGUUCGCUGCUGUUUCAAUAUACGAGUGACUUUCCCUCCUCUCACACAUUGUGGCGUCGUCAGAACACAAAUCUAGACAGCAUUUGGACCGCUCUCAAGAAGUUUGCUUACAGACCGUUUUCCGGUGACCGCGACGUAAACACAAUCGACCCAAGGACAUACUUCUACAUCCGCGGCUUUCUGGAACAGGCCAAUGACACGGGGAGAGAUGUGGCCCUCAUUCCCACCUGGGUUCAAGAUCUGGCGGGUAACAGAAAUAUGAGCCAGAGGAACGUUGCCAUGCCGUUUAACAUCAACAAUGUAGACGCUACUGUGUCCGCUAACGCCAUAUUUGGUAUCACAGCUGCUGCAGUUGGAGGACUCAUUAAUGACAGUGUACUUAAUGACCCCGACAUUCAGAAAAUCUACCUGAACACUUCAGCCAUGUUGGUUUGGGAGAUCGAGCAUGACUUCGUGGGGCGGAGGGAUUUGGCCUUGACAUACUACCCGUCUCUCAUUGAAUUCUAUUGGUUCGUGUCCAGAACAUUUUCACUCCUCCAGCGCCAAGUACACAGGACACAGUCCGUACCGGAACCACUUGAAACUGUGCGACGGAACUUUGGUGUGGUCCUUCAAGAUCAUGUCACUAACGUUAUCGUGAACCAAGCAAAAGAGGAAGGAAGCGAAAUGGUGUAUUUUGACGACUUUCUCGGGGAUGGAGAUUUUACAGAUAAUGGCGAACCCGAGGUAAGAGGUGAGGACCGAAUCUUCACUACCGCUAUGGCUGUUAACACAUUGGUGAACACGUGGACGGUAUUGGACUACGCCAAGGGGCAGACGGAUCACGGCAACCAGGACACGCCAUGUGCCAGUUCAAAUCCGGCCUUGGACAUGAAACUUUCAGAUUUCUCUAAAGUUCCGGCAGUUGUCCGGGAUAUUGUGAAGAAGGCAACACUGUGGUUGACUGAGAAUGCCACGAGUGGAAAAUAUAAACCCUGGAAUGCUUUCUUUUCGGGCUCUGUCAAGGGUGAUGAUACUCUUCCAAUCUGGUAUCCAUUCAACCGUUUCGAGUAUCUGAAUGGCACGAAAAUCCCUCUGAACGCUACCAUUUUUUCUAAAGACGUUCUUAUCGGGUUUGAAGGGAUAGUGUCGGAAGAUAAAUAUCAGGUAAUGCUCAACCAGACUCGCUUCGGAAGACGAACGCCAAUGGUUUUUAAGGGUUUCAACUCUGGCAACAAUUCCUUUCCCUUCUGGUGCUCUGAAGCAUAUACUUACGCCACCACCAUGCUGGCUUUGGCCCAAACCAUCUCCGUGGCGUCACCAGGUCCUGAGUCCAACGUCAUUCCUACGCUUUGA